AUGGCCACGUGCAGAGAGACAGAGGAACACCUUCAACACCACACUGCUGGCUGAGAUGGGAGAGGUUAAGAUCUUUAAGGCCACGUGCAGAGAGACAGAGGAACACCUUCAACACCACCCUGCUGGCUGAGAUGGGAGAGGUUAAGAUCUUUAAGGCCACGUGCAGAGAGACAGAGGAACACCUUCAACACCACCCUGCUGGCUGAGAUGGGAGAGGUUAAGAUCUUCAUGGCCACGUGCAGAGAGACAGAGGAACACCUUCAACACCACCCUGCUGGCUGAGAUGGGAGAGGUUAAGAUCUUCAUGGCCACGUGCAGAGAGACAGAGGAACACCUUCAACACCACCCUGCUGGCUGA